GAUACUUGCGAAAGAAGUACUACAAAACCUAUUCUGGAUCAAGCAGUGAGGAAGAGAAUGAUGAGGUCGAUGUGAAUGAUGAGGAAUCGAGUGAACAAGAGGGCGACAAUUGUCCGCCCCGUCCAAAGAAGAAGAAGAAGAAGAGUAUAGGGGAGAGUAAAAAGAAGAAGAAAGUGCCGGUAUGUCAAUAACUAACGAUGCUUUGUAUCGUGCUUAGGAGUUGAAAUGCUUAAUCAUGGGAUUUCACCUUUAUGUGCAUUUAUGUCCAUAUAUAGCUUAUUAUAAAGACAAGGUGUUCCCCUAGGAAAUUUGUUUCCUUGAUUGGUCAAUUGACUCAAGACCAACGUAAUGCAAUCAAAGCAUGUAAUCCAUUCCAUUCAUUACUUCAUGUGAAGUGUGGCCAUAUGCAUAGAGUUUUUGCUAUGCAUUUGGUUCAAUGUUUCAAUCCAGAAACCUGUAGCAUCGAAUUUAGGAGGGGCCUAAUUGUUCAUAUUACUGAAGAAGAUGUUGGAAGAGUUUUAGGGAUGCCAAUAGGGGACACACCAGUGCCUACGGAAUGCCUUGAAUUACACAGAACAAAAAUUGAAGAGGACUUUAAGGGAGGUUUUAAGGGGAUUGAAAUCGUGAAAUUGGAAAAUGUGAUUAAGAAAGGCGAUACUGAUGGGAAGUUUCAUAGGGCUUACAUGCUAUUUACAUUAGGAUGCUUGUUGUGCCCCACCACAAAGGAAGUUGCGGGGAAUAGAUUGUUCCCUAGGGUGAUUGCCGACGACCUUGAAACCUUAAAGACGUAUAAGUGGCCGGCAUUUGUGUUGGAUUGGUUGGUGAACGAGAUUCGAAAUUAUAAGGUUCGGGUAACCAAAGGUCAUGGACGGAAGGCGGAAGGAGUUGGUGGUAGUCUGUUCCUUUUGAUGGUCAUAUAUUUUGACUUACAUCCAUUGGAUGUUGAAAUUGGGAAGGAACCUGAGCCUCCUAUUGGCUUAUGGACAAAGGAAUUGAUCGAUAUUCGCAUUUCCAAAGAGGCGGAGGACAAGCCAAUUGAGGAUUAUUUUUUUUCUCAGUUCCCUCCCCAUAAUUUGAAAAAUCAGAUCUGCAUUGAUAUGUACAAAGAUUUCAUGCGUCAAUUUAUGAAUAACUUAAAAAGGUUGCAUGAAAUGGAUGCUGCUAUGGGCGAGCCUGUCGUUGGAAGCCCUGUUCUUCGAAGCCCUCAAGAUGGUCCACGGGCAGAACCUGUAGAAGAUGAAGGCCAUUCGCCACAAUUUAGUGCAAAUUUUGAACUACAUGAAUAUGAGGACCAGGGGGAGUGGGAGGAGGAGUAG